CAUCCCCUUUCCUCCUCUGUUUGUUUUAGUCUAUUUAUUUCUUGAGAGAAAAGCCAGUGUCUCCCUAUUUGUAGCUUUCUCAGUCGAGCUCUCAACAACACUCAACCCGAAAGAAGAAAGAUGAGCAGCAUUGGAACAGGUUACGAUCUCUCCGUCACCACAUUUUCUCCCGAUGGCCGCGUCUUCCAGAUCGAGUACGCCGCCAAAGCCGUUGACAACUCCGGGACUGUUAUUGGGAUCAAAUGUAAGGACGGCGUUGUUAUGGGUGUUGAAAAGCUUAUAGCGUCGAAGAUGAUGUUGCCAGGUUCCAAUAGAAGGAUUCAUUCUGUUCAUCGCCACUCCGGCAUGGCAGUUGCUGGAUUAGCAGCAGAUGGAAGGCAAAUUGUUGCCAGGACCAAGUCUGAAGCUAACAACUAUGAAAGUGUGUAUGGUGAACAGAUUCCUGUUAAGGAACUUGCCGAACGUGUUGCUAGUUAUGUGCAUUUGUGUACACUAUAUUGGUGGCUCAGACCCUUUGGAUGUGGGAUAAUCCUUGGAGGUUAUGACAGAGAUGGGCCACAACUGUACAUGGUUGAACCUUCCGGCAUUUCUUAUAGGUAUUUUGGUGCUGCAAUUGGAAAGGGCAGGCAGGCUGCUAAGACUGAGAUUGAAAAGUUGAAGCUUUCGGAAUUGACUUGUCGGCAAGGUGUUAUUGAAGUAGCCAAGAUCAUUUAUGGAAUACAUGAUGAGGCAAAGGACAAGGACUUUGAAUUAGAAAUGAGCUGGGUCUGUGAUGAAUCAAACCGUCAGCAUCAGAAGGUUCCAGAUGAGCUUCUAGAGGAAGCAAAGGCAGCAGCUAGAGCAGCAUUGGAAGAAAUGGAUGCAGAUUAGAAAGCUAAUGAUAGUAUGUUAUUGUUCUGAUGGUUCUAUUUCAGUGAGUCCUUGUGCCUACUCAAAACAAGUAUAUCUAGAGAAAAAAAAGGGUUAAUGGGAUAAGAUUGAUGGAUUUUCAUUUGCCAAUUCGACUGCUGUAGUAGUCUUGUACCUUAUGCUGUUCAAUUUACCAACAUUGCGGUGCAAACUGUAUUUGUAGGAUGUUUGAGAAACAGAGUUUCACUUACAUUAUGCACGUUGUCCUUUUACUGCUAAUGGUAAUUCCGUUAUUUCA